CCUCCCGUGCCUCAGAAGCCAGCGGUUUCUCUCAGAGCGGCCCUCCGCCAUGGCGCUGAGCGGCGGCUGGUGGAGGCGGGCUAUGUGGCGGCUGAGGGGCGCCGGAGGGCUGCUGAGGGGACGGGGCGCGCCCAAGUACAGUUCGGGGCGGGGCCCGGGCCCUCCUCCGCCAGUUUCGGAGCUCGACAAAGCCGACGCCUGGCUCCUCAGGAAGGCUCAUGAGACCGGUUUUCUCUCCUGGUUCCGGAACGGCUUGCUGGCGACCGGCGUUGGUGUGAUCUCCUAUGUGCAGAGUGACAUGGGACGCGAAGCUGCUUAUGGCUUCUUCAUCCUGGGCGGGAUCUGCGUCUCCUAUGGCAGUGCCUCCUACCUGCUCAGCCUCUUCCUCCUCCGCCGGACCAUGAUGCUUUCCUUUUCCACGGCACUCUUCAACUGCGCAGCUGUCACCACGGUGGCCCUGUUCUGGCUCUGCGCCGUCUCCCUCUACAUCGGCCGGCUGGAGGUUGAGAUCAUCCAGGACGAGCCCAACGACAAGCGCCAGGAUAAGAAGGAGGAUGGUAAGUCAGAUAAGUGAAGCUCCAAAUUUCUGGGAACAAGACUCUGCGGACUGACUCCGGUGGUCACCAAUAGGACACCUUUGGGUCCUUACACCCAACGGACAAGACAGAAGAAGGGAUGGCUAACGAGAGUCAAGUGGGAUGUGUAGACCACCUCAUAUUUAUUUCUGGGCUCUGGCACAUGACUAUUGCAAAAAUCAGACUGGGGAAGACAAGCAAUUCUCCAAAGGCUGUUCCGCUGAGCCAGGAAGCCAGCCCUCCCCAGCUGGAAGCAUGUGUUUUGGUGAAACUGGGGCAUAUUAACGUUUUUCUGACAAAGGCACGUUCUGUUGAGGCCUCUUCUCUCUCCCCACUUUCCCUGUAAGCUCUGAAGCCAUGUUUAACUAAACGAGGCAUGGGCAAACCUUGGCCCUCCAGGUGUUUUGGAUUGCAACACAGUCCAAAAUGCCUGGAGGGCUGAAGUUUGCACAGGCUUGAAUUAAACAGAAAAGAACAAUGGCCCCUUUAGUAACCAACCCUCCCCCCACCCCAAUAUCGCUUGCUGUACUUUGCCCGUAUUUUACUUAUGCUCCGAAUGCAUCGUCACUGGACAUCAGAAGUAUAUUUCUGCUGCGGCAGCACCUCUUUUUUCUCUGUUCAGAUCAGUUGACAUUUAUAUUAAAAGACACCAAGCACA